AUGUGCCAAUGGACAGAAACCUGCUGCCACACAUCCCAGAUAGUGAGUGCCGCAUCGAGUGAGGAUCAUUCGGCGGUCAGUGUCGGUGCUCCGCUGAACUGCGGCCAGAGUUACCCAGAAGGACUGUAUGAACAGGAACAAGUGGCUGACAAUCAGGCACAGCCCCACGAGUUUCCCUGGAUUGUGGCGCUCUAUGAACGGCGUAAGUUCUUAGGCGGCGGCUCUCUGCUCACCGAAAACUGUGUGCUGACCUCCGCUCACCUGCUGGUCAACAAAACAAGGGACUCAUUGUUCGUGAAAGCUGGCGCUUGGGAUUUGACGGAGACCAACAGCCGCUAUGUGGAGAGAAGAAAGGUGGCGAGGAUUGUACUGCAUUCGGAGAGCGACUUGGCGUUGAUCGUGCUGGAGGUCUCGUUUCUUGCGAAACGCCACAUAGGAUUCAUCUGCCAGCCCAGCCCAGCCGCGACCUUUGAUCAUCAAAACUGCUUGGUAUCCGGUUGGGGUAAACUUACCCACAUGGACAGGCACCUUUCGCGCCGCCUUAAGAGAGUCGUGAACAGGGUCACUUGCCAGGCUAGACUACGGAGGACACGCCUGGGCAGGAGAUUUGAGCUUCAUACCAGUCUUAUCUGCGCGGGCGGGGAAAGGAACAGGAAUACCUGCCAGGGCUUUGGCGGAUCUCCGUUGAUGUGUCCCAUAGCCGGGCAUCCCAUGCAGUAUGUGCUGGUCGGCAUUGUCAACAGUGGCUUGGGGUGCGGUAGCCCAAAUGUACCUUCUCUUUACACGAGUGUGGCAGAGAUGAUGCCCUGGAUACACAAUUUGCUAAACGACGAAAUAAAUGUGCCGUACAGACCAUUCCCCAUUUACAAGAUUGGAAUAAAAAAAAAAUUAGGUUAA